CCGGUUCCUCAGAGCCCGCUGUGUCUCCGGCCUUUUGGCUUUUAAUUUUCCAGGAUUUACAUUCUGCCAUGUCUUCUGAAGAAGGGAAACUCUUCGUUGGAGGGCUCAACUUCAAUACCGAUGAGCAGGCACUCGAAGACCACUUCAACAGCUUUGGGCCUAUCUUUGAGGUGGUUGUUGUCAAGGACCGGGAGACUCAAAGAUCCCGGGGUUUUGGCUUCAUCACCUUCACCAACCCAGAGCAUGCCUCAGACGCCUUGAGAGCCAUGAAUGGAGAGUCUCUGGAUGGGCGCCAGAUCCGUGUGGACCAUGCAGGCAAGUCUGCCCGGGGAACCAGAGGGGGUGCCUUUGGGGCCCAUGGGCGCGGUCGCAGCUACUCUAGAGGUGGUGGAGACCAGGGCUAUGGAAGUGGAAGAUACGACAGUAGACCUGGAGGAUAUGGGUACGGGUAUGGCCGGUCUAGAGACUACAGUGGCAGCCAGGGUGGUUAUGACCGCUAUUCAGGAGGAAAUUACAGAGACAAUUAUGACAACUGAGAUGGGGCAUGCACACAUAAUAUACACAAGGAAUAACACUUCUGAUCCAGGAUCGUCCUUCCAAAUUGCUGUAUUUAUAAAGAUUUUUGGAGCUGCGCUGAAACAUCUGUUUUAGUACAUCAAGUUCUAUUUUUGAAUUGAGCUCCCAACGUAGUUUGAUAAAGACCUCUUAGAAAGCUCCAUGUGUGUAAACAUAUUUUUCCUUUUAAAGACA